AUGGAGGAUCGCUGGGGAAUUGUGGUGACACAAUUGCAAGAUCUGUACAAGCUUAACGAUGUAGCUGAUUUUGAGUCAUUGGAUCCAAAGAAUAUGAACUUCCACAGCAUGAGUGUGAACCAAUUGAGCGAGCUACAGUUGAGUUUGGAGAAUAGACAUUCUGUGAACGAAAAAAUGCAGAAUUAUUGUCGCGAAUUGGUGGAGAAUAUCGCGUAUAUAGUGGAACAUUAUCCGGUGCAACAAGAGAUUAAGUCUGAGUUGGAAUACGGGGGUGUUUCUGGCGGCGGAGAGUCUAGUGGUGGGUUGACGGGUGGUGGAGUAGGAGCAGGAGGUGUUGCUGGUGAGUCUUCGAGUGUUGGUAGAUCUUUCUGGACUAGCCAGUUCAAUCCUAGUGAGCCAAUCGAGGUUGGGUCGGACGUAGCAUACAAAUCAAAAAAGACUGGAGAAUGGAUCCAGUGUAUAUGUACCAAGGUAUCUGGGGACGGACUCCGGUUUGAGGUUAAGGAUCCCGAGCCUGAUGAGUUUGGGAAGCCAGGCGGUAUAUUUAAGUGUAACUCUAAGGAGAUACUGCUGAUUCCGCCGGUGACAUCCAAGAAAUCACAGUUACCCAACUAUCCUAUAAACACCAAGGUUUUAGCUAGAUACCCUGAAACGACGACAUUUUAUCCUGCAAUAGUGUGCGGGAGCAAGAGAGAUGGUACCUGUAAACUACGAUUCGAUGGUGAGGAAGAGAUAGAUAAGGAAACGGAGGUGGAAAGAAGACUAGUGCUUCCUUUCCCUUCCAGGAAAUAA